AUUUUUCGGUUCUGUACUCAUACUUCUUGCGGCGCGGGUGAGUGGGACAGGAACAGAAAAGAAGGGAAGUUUAUACCCAAAUAACGCAUUUUACGGAUUGGAAUUGUCCGUGAGAAGUCGGAAAUGCACGCGACAGCCACGAAGCCGCCUUCUGGCGCGUGAGAGAUGCACGCGCGGGACCCGAGCCGCUGCCGCGAGACAAUUUUUUGUGUGAAGACGUGUUUCUGUCCGCCAUUUUUUCGGCUCCGCUGCCUCCAAAGUCUGCCCGGAAAAGUCAAGAAAAGGGGACUCAAAAACGCAUUAUCCGGACGCGUGCCUUACUGAGAAGACAAAAGAAGAUAUCGAGUGAAUAAUCUGCUUUAUAAGCCGCGGCUGGUCGCUCAGUUUGGCAGACAUGUGGGGCGAUAAAAGAUAAAUACCCGAGGCCACCUUUUUCCGCUCUCAUUACUGACACAGUGAGUGGACUAGAGACGUUUAUUAUAAGAAAAGCCUGCUGUGUGUUUUUUCUCGGAAGGCGAAACGAAAAAGAGGAAGCUUCAUUGAACAUUCUUGAGCCCUAACCUCCUUCGAUGGCAAGUUAAGGGUUUGUUUCAUUCCUGUUCGGCUCCAUGUUGGUUAACUGACUGCUAGCGACAGGAACCACAGUAUGCUCCAAAGUUGGUUUCAACCAGUCUCCGCCUGUCUCUGAAACGACAGGUUGAUUGUUUCUUGUUUGUUUAUUUCCGCUGUAUAACAAAUAGCUAAUUUGUCGUGUGGCCUCUGUGCAAAAGCACUCGAAAAAUCUCAAACGAGCCACAAAUGCCCUGCCCUGCAGCUUCCAAGUCUGGCUAUUGGCAGUGAUUGAGUAACUCUAGCAAGCAAACACGUUUUAAUUUUAACUUAUUGUCUAGUCUGCUUUGUAGUGUUUCCCAUAUCGUGGAUUGAUACUAACUUAUUUUAGAACAAAAAUAGAGAACAUGUCUGCUAGGUUUGACUCGUCUGAUCGGUGCGCCUGGUAUUUUGGACCCCUGUCGCGACAGGAGGCACAGAAUAGGUUACAAGGACAAAGGCAUGGAGUGUUUCUGGUUCGAGACUCGUCGACUUGUAUCGGCGACUACGUGCUGUCAGUGUCAGAAAACUCCAAAGUGUCUCACUAUAUCAUCAACUCCUUGCCCAGCAAGAAGCUCAAGAUUGGUGACCAAGAGUUUGAACACCUCUCAGCCCUCCUGGAGUUCUACAAAAUCCACUACCUGGACACCACGACUCUGAUAGAGCCAGCAUCCAGGCAACCAUGCACAGUGAGUGGUCCAAUACAGCCCAUGGGUUGCCCUGAGGAUAAUGUGGAGUAUGUUCGGACUCUGUAUGACUUCACGGGCAGUGAUGCAGAGGACCUUCCCUUCAAGAAAGGGGAGAUCCUCAUCAUCCUUGAGAAACCUGAAGAGCAGUGGUGGAGUGCUAAGAGUAAAGAGGGACGUGUCGGGAUGAUCCCUGUCCCCUAUGUGGAGAAAGUGGUCCGGCCAAUAGCCAUGUCUGGCCAGCCAUCCCAUGGAUCUCGCAACUCCAACAGCUAUGGCGUUCCUGAGCCCUCGCACACUCUUGUCCAUGCAUACGCUCAGCCCCAGACACCUUCGCCUUUGCCCCCUGGCACACCCGGAGCAGUUAUCACCCCUCUACCGUCCAUGCAGAAUGGCCCUGUCAUGGCGAAAGCUAUUCAGAGACGAGUGCCCUGCGCCUACGAUAAAACAGCUCUUGCUCUAGAGGUUGGUGACAUUGUCAAGGUUACUAGGAUGAACAUCAGUGGUCAGUGGGAGGGAGAGGUGAACGGACGGCGAGGUCUCUUCCCGUUCACACAUGUGAAAAUCAUAGACCCCCAGAACCCAGAUGAGAGUGACUGACCUCAACCGGAGCCUCUCACCCCAACAACAGCGUGUUCCCAAAUCUGCUGGCUGUCGCCACCUUUCCCACCAGUGUCAUCGUGGCUACGUGCUUGCCUGCUUAGGGCUGUGUUAUGGUUGCGACCCCUCUUGUUGCCAACCAUUGCGAGGCUUUUUGGACUGUUUACAGCUUUGGACAUUGGAUCCAAACUAAAAAACCUGACCCCACUUCCUUCGCUCCUUUUUGCCCUGGUCUUGGUUCCAGCCUGGGCAGUGUUCUUGCAUUAGUGUCCAUUUCAUUUCCAGAUCACUGGGCAUCAGUUUGAGUGUGUGUAUGUAUAAGUGCAUGUGUGUAGGUGUGUGUUUACUAUAGAUAUUUACCACAUUUCAUGACGACCUGUCUGUUUUGAUUUGAGUUCUCUUAAGUAUUUUUUGUUUAUGUUUGAAGUCCCACAUAAUUUUGAAAGUGUCAGUGUGUUGUUGUUGAGGAUAGUUCUACAAAGUAGGGGAAAGCUUUGUCCCUGUGGACUUGAGAGCACUGAGACUAUAAAUGAGCUGACAGCCAGUGGGGAGUUAUUUCUCCAAAAAACAAUCAUGUCACUUUUGUAGCUUAAGCGUUGAAUUGUGAAGCCUUUUCUUGGGGAUGAGGGUCCUGGGUUGUAAAGACAUGGAUUGUGACUGAAAUAGGGCUGUCACUUAUUCAGAAGGCAGGCCUCCUUACUUGUGCUACACAAACCAUGUGUGUGUUGUGGUUUGACUAAAGUAGUGAAUAAAAGUGAUUGGAAACCAUUCUCAUCAUGUGCAGGCACAGAGGCAUUAGUCACAAGUUCAAAAGCAGAAAGGCAGAACUCAUGAACUUGGAAUGUAUUGUGUUUGGAUGUUUUUGUGGUCUAUCUGGAGGACUGUUGAGCUGCUGUGUUGACGCAAAACCACAUAGUCACUGGUCCUCCUUUACUAGUCGGCCCAAGGCUGGCCUGCAGGUAUUGUUGCCUCUGCUGGACAUUGAAGCGGACUGCAAACUCUGUGUUUGUAAAUGUGCAAAACUUGCACAAACUUGCUUGACUCUGGCCAAGAACCGUACUGACAUAUUUACCUGCUGCUGGAGGUGGUUAAGAAACCCUGCCAGUUGUGUUAACUUCAAGAUGACGAUUUCUGCUGUGUCUUUAAACCGAGUGCAGCUGCAGUCGGCCUUUGUUCAUGGUUAGAUGGGAAGAGAAACGGUAGUUUCUGCUGGCCAAAACCUGUGGAUUUGGGGCCAUGACAUGGCCACUUGUUGAAUGCAAUGCCCUUCAGCAACAAAGUGACAUGCAUUAAAUGCAAUGCCAAAAACCUUUUCAUUAGGUUUUAAAGUACCUAACAACACAGCAUCAGACCUUUAAUGUUUGAAAGAAAAGUGACAGCCCUAGACUGGAGAUUAAAUAAACCAGAGGAGAUGGAUUUAACUGUAAUUGUAGAUGUGAUCAUGUUCAACUUGGCACCAUUCUGGCUGAAAAGACUUAUUUAUCUUUAAGACAUGACGCGGCCAUAUGUGCUUUCAUCUCUUUCCUGGUUUCUGCCAUAUGAUCAACAAUAAUUGCGUGUGUGUGACUAUAUUUGUUUUAUUUCAGAGACAAUGUAUCGUAGGGUGGUGAUUGUUUUUUUGUUUUUUUUUGCAUGUCCACUGCGUAUCUCCUAACUGUCCCGUCUCAUUCAUAAGGACAUUGCUCAGAAAUGUUGUGGGUUUUUUCCAGUGCCAACAGCACCAAGCGGAUACAUUUCCAACUCUUUUGCAUUGGAGUGUUGAGCUUCAAACUGGCUGGCUAGAAACAAGCAUGGGCAGGCUAAACUUCACCUAGGUGAGAAGUCACACUGUCGCUAGUGCAAGGUCAGGUAAUUGAAGAAAAAGUCUCAGCAAGCCAACAAGAUCCUAUAACUGCCUUUAAAAGAAAAACAACAUUUAGUAUGGUAAAUGCAUCUUUAAGUGCAUGAUACCCCGUCUCUAACCUUCUGUUUUUAGUACAUCAUCACUCCUGAAAGUUUUGGCCUUUUGACCUGAUCUACUUUGCUCUGUGCACAAGUUAGUGGUCCUAAUGCAAAUCCACUCCUGCAGAGCAGUGGCGAGUACUUGUCUUCAUAUUGUGCUGCUCACCAUUUCAGUUUGAUCAGUAGAAAGUCGAGAGUUGUGCUAUUAUGGUUCACCCUGUUACAUCUGCAUCUCUGCUGUAAAGAAUUUUUUUUUUCUUUUGGCUUUUUUUUUUUUCCCUCUUCCUGCUUUUCCUCUAAUCAAAACCCCAGCCGUUUGCUCUCAGUUAUUCUGUGCAGCUUGAACCAACAUGCUCUUCACUUACUCAGUUUGUAGGCGGUCAUAAUAAAAAUCAAGGGUUUUUGUUUUAAAUGAGCUGUUAUUAAAUUGGAAGUACCUACGGUGACAUUUACAAAAGGGAAAUAUGCCUGCUGGUUGCCUCCGUGCAUGACCUCCUGGCCGUGGAGAUGGUCCUGCUCGGCCAAAUGCUGCUUAAUGUCAUUUAUCUCCUCUUUAAACAAAAAGGUUUCUUUCAUGUUCAGCCCCGUGUGGUCUGUGCAGACAAACAAACCGUUGUGGGUUCUCCCUCAUCAGACAUCUGAGAUCUACUAAUUAAGCAAUACGCCCUCGAUUAGUUCCUCCUUGGAGGUGAACUCUGCUCUUCUCAUGCUUUUGAGUUUUGUAAUGGCAUUAACAGUAUUACUGUGCUCUUUUUUCUCAUACUCUUAGGAAAGUCUGUCUUUUACUUAAGAAUUGACGAUUGUGCCUUUUAUUUUUCUUAUACCAUUUACAUGUGUUAAUAUUUCCCAUGGUUAACACCUGUUGCUGGUAUUGACCCUUUAUGUACAGAACAAGUAAAUAAAAUUUAAGUCUACUUCUUUA